AUGAAGCGGAAAAGGCCAACUCCAAAGACACCGGAUGCGGCUCAAACCCAAAUGCGUGACAGAUCUGGAUCUUGUCCAGAUGAGCAUGAAGACAUCCACGAAGAUGACCUCUGCGCCAUCUGUCAACUUCUCCUCUAUCGACCUGUCCGCACUCGAUGCAAUCACAUUCUCUGUGAAUCUUGCAUGGCCCACUGGGCCGAUGUGUCUAUCACUACUCAAAUGACCACUGUCGGGAUUGAUGAUGAGGCCGUCGUCCUGCUCCCCCAUGAGAUCGAAACAAGAUGUCCUCUUUGUAGAACCUCGACAACGUCCUCGCUGGAUCCGACCAGAGAGACGGCUUUGCGGCAACGCUACCCAGUGACCUAUCGGGCUCGAGAGAUGGAAUUUGCCACCCCUGGCGCCGAAGAUUUUGCAUCCAGCGUCGAAGCUUUGACCGUGUACGUCGGAAAUGAGCAUUCUCUGGUUCGAACAGACGGCGAAUCCAACAAUCGGCACCAUUGGAAGUUCUUUGUCAGACCCUCCAGAGCAGAUCUGAUAGAAGAGGUGCACAUAUUCCUUCAUCCUACAUUCCGCAACUUCCACAUCAUAGUCCAAUACCCGCCAUACGAAGUACGCCGGCUUGGAUGGGGCUACUUCACCAUUUUUGCCAGCCUCAUCCUAAAGCCCGGCUACUCGUGGGUAAAUUCUGAGGCCGAAGAUGCCCCUGAUGGUGGCACCAAGGGCAAGUUGCCAUUAGAGUGGACGUUAGAUUUCAAUGGCCGAGGAUCUCAAGAAAGACUCCUGUUGAAAGUCAAGAAGGAGAAGGAAGGGCAGGAAGCGGACGAUGAGGCCCAACGACAAGAGAUCAGAAGAUUAUGGGCAAGGCAGCAAGAAACGGAUCCCGACUGGGUCGAGUCCGAGGAAACCGUUGGCGGAUAG